GGUGGACACCGGUCGAUGGCAGCCACAUCCGCCUCAGCCAUCGAGGCAAAUUUUCCUGUUGUACCAGCAACCACCGACUUGUUCCCCCUUUCCGUCAUGUGCGCCCAGGUCGCGAUUUUCCUCGUAGCAGCUCUUUCGGUGGUAACCGCGGCGCCGUCAGGUUAUUUGGGCCAUGGUGCCGCGUUAGCAGGACCGAUUCUAGGACCCGCGGCUCUCGCAGGUCCUAUCAAUGGACCAUCCGCACUCGCCGGUCCGGUGGUUGGACCGGCGCGCAUAUCCGGUGCAGUCGACGGUGGGGCUGUUGUCACUGGUGCUGUGGCUGGACCGUCAGUCGUUUCUGGUAGCGUCGCUGGACACGCGGCGGUGGUUGGCCCAGCUCUUGGCUAUGCCGCACCAGCCUUGGGAUGGCCAGCUCAUGGUGCUUAUGGAGCAGUACUUGCUGGACCUGCUGUAGGUCCAGCGGCUCUUGCCGGACCUAUCGCAGCUCCGGCUUUGAUCGCUGGUCCAUCCGGUAGCAUCGCUGCUGGACACGGUGGCUUAGGCGGUAUCGUUCGUGGAUACGCGUCCGGAUACUGGUAAUUUACUUCACCCGGCAACACGAAUUUAAGGACCUCCGCGACUGAUCUCUUAGACAUCCGCAAUCUCGAUCAUGAUCUGCAUCACGAUUUUCGACGUAUUUCCAAUCAUGUUCAUUAUAUGUGUACAUAACCAAUUUUUAUGCAUAUAACAUUACAUAUAAUAAUAAUAAACGCAUGGCACUUCUGGAACAAAA